UCAGCCCUUUACCCUUGUCUUCUCCGGUCGACGAUAUUCUGUGUCUGUGUAGGACUUCUUGGCAAGUUUUUGUUUGGAAUAUCUCUGUCUGGUUGCUUUUCGAAAAGAUAUCUUAUAUCUGCAUGAUUCUCUCUUCUGAUACUUCUCGUCUUGAUUUUCAAAUGACACCUGUAUGUGACUUGGUUUCAUUUAUUUCUCAAAAGUAACAAGUUUGAGGACACGCGAAAAUCUCUCAUUUUUCCCCUUCUCCCAUGUUUUGUGAUUUGCUUAUGAAGCAGAAAAACAUGAGAAAAACUGGUUUGAAGGCGAUCCACACAUGCGGGUAGUUUUGGGUCAUUACUCAAUAACUAUUCCAACGCAUUGAAUUUUCACUUUACUACAUGGGAUUUGAUUUUGCUUGUGGGCUCCUCGUUUAUUUGGUUAUUUAUUGUUCCUCGAGAUCCGCGCGUUUCAUGCUCCCUGAAUCCCUUUCUUCUCUUCUGACUUUUCUGUUUCCAUUCCGAGACCACGAACUAUAUGUCGUACGGUCUCCCUGUUAAAUGCAAUGUCGGGCACUUUACUAGCAAGAAAAUAUGCGGAAAAUUUAAGCAAGUUUGACAGUACCAAAGAAAGUUGAGAGGUGGGUGAAUUCAAUAACAAUGGGGUUGUGGGAGGGAGACAUGACAACAGAGAAAACAGCUUCAUCUUUUUCAACUUCUGAUGAUCAAAAUGAGUCAAAUCCUACACCAAGAGGAAGAAGCAGUUUCAAGGAAAGUGGCUCAAAGCCAUCCUGGCUUCUGUCCACCCUCUCCGAUUUGGAUGCGAGGAUGAUGACGUUGACAAUGAAGACGCUUGUAGAAGAUAACACUGGUGACACCUUUCGGGAGCGCGCUGAAUCUUACUAUCAGAAACGGCCUCAGCUAAUUGCCCUACUCCAAGACCUCUACAAUGGCUACAUCACCUUAUCUGAUCGUUACAUUCAAACAUUGGCCAAAUGUGAUCCUCAUCGAAGCAACUCGUCCCGAAUCUCAGCUCUGGAUCAUGAUAAGUCUGACCUCGAAGAAGAAGAUGGCGUGACCAACGUGUUUGAUUCGGAUGCCGAGAGCUCCCUGUCUUACCAACAAACUCCUCAGAUAAUGCUUGCCGGAUAUGGCACAUCGGUAGGUGACGCCAUUGUUGCGGAUCUUGUGAUCAAGAACGUAGAGUAUGACAUAUUACAGCAUGAGAUGGGCAUUAUAGAGCAGCGCUGUAGUGAGUCCUCAAGGAAGAUAGAUUUGCAGAAGAGCUUGCUUGAAGUGCUAGAGUCAGAGAGGCUAAUUCUUCUGAAUGAGAAUGCAAGGUUAGGGUAUAGAGUGAAUGCAUUGGUGGAAGAGAACAAAGGGUUGGCAUCAGAAUCUAUGCUCAUGAAGAGGAAGGCUAGCGAGUUGGCAAGAUGUGUGCUGAAGAUGAGGGAAGGUCAUAGGGUUUUCAUGCUCAAUCGUAGAAUAGAGGAUCUUCAGGCACAGAUUUAUGGGCUGGAGAAGAGGAACAAGGAGUACUAUGAACAGCUUGUGCAAAGAGACCAACGCGUUAAAGAAUGCACAGGAAAGAAGAACGCUGUUGAGGAUGAUGUCUUGGAUGAUUGCUUUAAAAGGAAGACGCAGCCCAAUCUGAGAUUGAAGAAGAAGGGUAGUAUCCGUGGGAAGAAAGGUCAUGGAUGGUGGAAAAGGUUCAAGAACAUGGACUUGUUUUUUUGUGGGCUCGACUCAAGCUGUACUUGACAAUGUGUAUUUGGGUCAAACUAUUACAUGGUGUUAUUAUGAUGGCAUGCCGUGGGACGUAGUUUCUUUUUUAUUAGGGUUUUUUUGGAACAUUUGAUAGUGUCAA